AUGCUCCGAAGAAUCACGUUUUCCUCUUCACUUCGUUCACCUUCUCUCUUCUUCCGCUUCUUUCGCCAUCUCCCUCGCUCUAACUUUUCACUGUCAUCGUCCCCGACCACCGUCGGCAUCUCCGGCAGCAACCUUCGCCGACUUUCUACUCCGAUCACACUUCGCUGUAUAUGUUCACACUCUUCAUCUGAAAUCGCCUCCGAGCAUCCACCGUUCGUCCGAAUCUACAAGGACGGUCGUGUCGAGCGUCUUUCCGGCACCGAAAUCAUCCCGGCGUCUCUAACCCCACAAAACGGCGUCAUUUCCAAAGACGUUGUAUACUCGCCGGAGCAUAACCUCUCUGUUCGUCUCUUCCUCCCUCAAAAAGCCACAGAACUCCCCGCCGGUAGCAAAAUCCCGCUACUUGUCUAUAUCCACGGCGGAGCUUGGAUCAUCGGAUCCCCAUUCGAAUCGAUCUACCACAGUUUCCUCACGGAGGUCGUGAAAUCCGCGAAUUGCUUGGCGGUGUCGAUUCAGUACCGCCGCGCGCCUGAGGAUCCGAUUCCGGCGGCGUAUGAGGAUUCGUGGUCCGCAAUUCAGUGGAUUUUCUCACAUUCCGAUGGAUCUGGAUCCGUAGACUGGAUUAACAAAUACGCCGAUUUCGACAGAGUUUUUCUCGCCGGAGACAGCGCCGGAGCCAAUAUGUCGCAUCACAUGGCCAUUAGAGCUGGAAAGGAGAAGCUCAAACCUAGAAUCAAAGGCACUGCAAUUGUUCAUCCAGCUUUCUGGGGAAAAGAUCCGGUCGACGAGCUCGAUUUGCAAGAUAAGGAGAAGAGGAGCCGAAUUGCAGAAGUUUGGGAAAAACUCGCGAGCCCGAAUAGCGUCGAUGGGACGGAUGAUCCGUGGUUUAAUGUAGUCGGAUCCGGGUCGGAUUUUUCGGAAAUGGGAUGUGAAAAGGUUUUAGUUGCGGUGGCCGGAAAAGAUGUGUUUGUGCGGCAAGGAUUGGGUUACGCGGAGAAGCUGAAGAAGAGUGGAUGGGAAGGAGAAGUGGAGGUGGUUGAGGACGAAGAUGAAGAUCAUUGCUUUCAUCUCUUGAAUUCUGAUUCUGAAAAUGCUCCUAAAUUCAUGAAGAAAUUUGUGGACUUUAUCUCCGGUUGA